CAUUUCUGCUUCAAGAACUACCAUUGUCCUGUUUUCAGAAAUAUUUGGGGCUACGAUGCUCGGACGCGCCGGCACAGCCUACGCCAAGAAGGCGAGCAAGUUCGAAGACUCGGACAGCAUCCACACGUCAAGGCCCAGGGCCAUGUCUGAGCUGCCGCACCGGCCAGCUCCUCGCGUGGCCACGCGCCCGAAGACAACGGCGGCGGGUAUGCGCUCCGAGGCCAGCGGCCGCCGUGAUCUCGGCGCCGGCCGUGGGACGUCACCACGCAGCCCGUUGCACGAGGCAAGCACGCUCCUCCUGAAAUGAACAAUGCAUUUACGGAUUCACGGUUGAAGACACGUGACACUUGUCCGAAACUUUGUGUGCACGGUGGUGAAUUUGCAGAAGAAACCGGCAGGUGUUGGUGCAGGGUCGCGGGUGGCGGAGCUUGAGGCGAAGCUGGGCAAGGCGAACGGCCAGCUUGCGGAGAUGCGGGAGCAGCUCGCGGCGGCGGAGAAGGCCAGGAAGGACGCGCGCGCCGCGUUCGUCCAUGCCAAGAAUCGUUUCGCCGUGAAGCAGGGAGACGUCACUUCGCCGCCGGCCCAAGACAACGGCGACGAUCAUGCACCUGCAGAACAUAGGAAGCUUGCAGAAGUCGCCACUGAAGAUCAUGUCACGAAUGGUGGCAACGACGAGACAAGAAGCAUCAGCUUGCCGGCCAUCAGUGUUCUCGAACCAAUCUUGCCGGAGUCAGAGAACAAGCGGGACCAAGUGGACGAACAGGUGAAUAAGGCGAGUGAUGAUCGUGAUGAGGUGAACAAAAAUGUUGCCCUUGUUGCAGACGGCGACAGAAAGAGGGAAAACCCGGAGGCCGACCGGCUGAGGAAUAAGCUGGAGGUGAUGGACAUGGAGGUCUACGAGGUGAGAGCGAAGCUGAUGGUGAGGGACAUGGAGGCGGACGAGCUGAGGGUGGAGCUGAAGGCGAAGGACACCAAUAUCAGUGAGCUGACGACGAAGCUAGUUGCAAAGGACACCGAAAUCGCCGCUCUCAGAGCAAGCAACGCUGCCCUUGCAAAGACUGUCUCCGAGGCCACGAGGGAGUCGACGGAAUCGAGGGCGAGGGAAGCCGAGAACGCACUAAGGGAGAGCGCGGCUCGUGAGGCACAACUAGCCGAGCGGCUCGCAGCGUCGGAGCGCGCGCGGGAGCAGCUGGAGGCCGAGGCGCGGCGUUCGAGCGUCCAGAGCGAGCAGUGGCGUAAGGCGGCCGAGGAGGCCGCCGCGGUGCUCGGUGGCGCGCCGGGCGGCAAGGACAUGCGGCGCCACGGCUCGGUCGGUAGCACCAACGGGAAGAUGGACAUGCAGGACGACGUGGAUGGCGAAGGCUCCGGCCGGAAGCGGAAAUCCGGCGGCGCCGUACGGCUGCUGGCCGACCUGUGGAAGAAGAAAACGCAGAAGUGACCGGAAAGUGCUGGACACGAUCUAUCCUACCGUACAGCGCGCGCGCAUGGGAACUUGGUGGGGUGCUCGACAGAUCGGGUUCAGGUGCUCGGCUAAAUUUACUACUCCAGGUGUAAUACCACUAGUACUGUACUAUUUUUUAAAAAAUAAUUUAGAACUACGUUGUCACU